AUGGAUCCUAGGGGCAUGACUUGGAGCACUGCUUCUAUUGGGAUCUGUACACUUUUUGUUCCUGUUGGAGCAUUAGGAGGUAUAUCCCUUUUGUUCUUUGUUCAUCCAUAUUCCUCUUUUCUCCUCCUCCACAUGUAUCAAGCAAGAGUUGUUUUGACUCCAUACUACACAGAGGAGGUUCUCUUCUCAUUGCAUGAUCUGGAAGUACAGAACGAAGAUGGAGUUUCGAUCCUUUUCUAUUUGCAGAAGAUUUUUCCAGACGAGUGGAACAAUUUCCUUGAGCGAGUGAAACGCAGCAAUGAAGAAGAACUUAAGGGAUCGGAUGAAUUAGAAGAUCAACUUCGUCUUUGGGCAUCAUACAGAGGACAGACUUUAACCAAAACUGUAAGAGGCAUGAUGUAUUACCGCAAAGCUUUGGAACUUCAGGCCUUCCUUGAUAUGGCAAAGGAUGAAGAUUUAAUGGAAGGCUAUAAGGCCAUUGAAUUAAAUGAGGAUCAGAUGAAGGGGGAAAGGUCAUUGUGGGCACAAUGUCAAGCAGUGGCUGACAUGAAGUUCACAUAUGUGGUGUCAUGCCAGCAAUAUGGUAUUCACAAGCGAUCCGGCGAUCCUCUUGCACAAGAUAUUCUAAGGCUCAUGACAACGUACCCAUCUCUCCGGGUAGCUUACAUUGAUGAGGUUGAAGAACCAAACAAAGACAGGUCUAAAAAAAUUAAUCAGAAAGUUUAUUAUUCUGCUUUAGUGAAGGCUGUGCCCAAGUCAAAUUCUUCAGAGACAGGACAAAAUUUGGACCAGGUUAUUUAUCGAAUAAAACUUCCAGGACCUGCUAUCUUGGGUGAGGGAAAGCCAGAAAACCAGAAUCAUGCUAUUAUCUUCACACGUGGAGAAGGCUUGCAAACGAUUGACAUGAAUCAGGAUAAUUACAUGGAGGAAGCCUUAAAAAUGAGGAAUUUGCUUCAAGAAUUUCUAAAAAAACAUGAUGGUGUCCGGUACCCGACCAUACUCGGACUUAGAGAGCAUAUAUUUACUGGAAGUGUUUCUUCUCUUGCUUGGUUUAUGUCAAACCAGGAGACCAGUUUUGUGACUAUUGGUCAAAGAUUGUUGGCCAACCCUCUGAAGGUUCGAUUUCACUAUGGUCAUCCAGAUGUUUUUGAUAGACUAUUUCACCUCACAAGAGUGGGUGUUAGCAAAGCCUCCAAGAUUAUCAACUUGAGUGAGGACAUAUUUGCUGGCUUUAAUUCCACACUUCGUGAAGGCAAUGUAACUCAUCAUGAAUAUAUUCAAGUUGGGAAAGGCAGGGAUGUGGGCCUUAAUCAGAUUUCUCUAUUUGAGGCAAAAAUAGCCAAUGGAAAUGGGGAGCAAACUUUGAGUCGUGAUGUAUACAGACUUGGGCAUCGUUUUGACUUUUUCCGGAUGUUAUCAUGUUAUUUUACCACCAUUGGUUUCUACUUCAGUACUUUGAUUACUGUGCUUACAGUGUAUGUAUUCCUAUAUGGUCGGCUUUAUCUUGUUCUCAGUGGACUUGAAGAAGGUCUGAGUACUCAACCAGCAAUUCGAGACAACAAGCCUCUUCAAGUGGCUCUUGCUUCUCAGUCAUUUGUGCAAAUUGGAGUUUUGAUGGCGCUGCCUAUGAUGAUGGAAAUCGGACUAGAGAGGGGUUUCCGAACUGCACUAAGUGAAUUUAUACUGAUGCAAUUACAACUGGCACCAGUAUUUUUCACAUUUUCUCUUGGAACGAAAACUCACUAUUAUGGAAGGACAUUACUUCAUGGAGGUGCAAAAUAUAGGCCUACAGGACGUGGCUUUGUGGUGUUUCAUGCCAAGUUUGCUGAGAAUUAUCGACUUUACUCUCGUAGCCAUUUUGUAAAGGGAAUUGAGCUUAUGAUUCUGCUGCUUGUGUACCAAAUUUUUGGUCAAUCCUAUAGAGGUGCAGUUGCUUAUCUAUUGAUCACGGUAUCAAUAUGGUUCAUGGUGGGUACCUGGCUUUUUGCUCCGUUCCUCUUCAAUCCAUCUGGUUUUGAGUGGCAAAAGAUAGUUGAUGAUUGGACUGAUUGGAACAAGUGGAUAAGCAACCGAGGAGGUAUUGGUGUUCCCCCCGAAAAAAGUUGGGAAUCAUGGUGGGAAGAGGAACAAGAGCAUCUUCGUCACUCUGGAAAGCGUGGUAUCAUUUCUGAGAUUUUGUUAGCUCUACGAUUUUUCAUCUAUCAGUAUGGGCUUGUUUAUCACUUAAACAUGACAAAGAAUACCAAAAGUGUUCUGGUUUAUGGCAUAUCAUGGUUGGUGAUCUUCUUAAUAUUGUUCGUGAUGAAGACUAUUUCCGUUGGACGGCAAAAAUUUAGUGCCAAUUUUCAACUUGCGUUCCGACUUAUCAAGGGAUUGAUCUUCCUCACAUUUGUAUCUAUUUUGGUUACUUUGAUUGCCCUCCCCCAUAUGACGCUGCAGGACAUUGUUGUCUGCAUUCUUGCCUUCAUGCCAACUGGUUGGGGUUUGCUUCUGAUUGCACAAGCAUGCAAGCCUCUUGUUCAGCGAGCUGGAUUUUGGGUAUCUGUGCGGACACUUGCUCGGGGCUAUGAAAUCAUAAUGGGUCUGCUACUGUUUACUCCAGUUGCUUUUCUUGCCUGGUUUCCUUUCGUUUCAGAAUUCCAAACUCGAAUGUUAUUCAACCAAGCUUUCAGCAGAGGUCUUCAAAUUUCUCGUAUCCUUGGUGGACAUAGGAAAGACCGUUCGUCUAGAAAUAAGGAGUAAUAUCUAUUGAAGAAACAAAUAUUCUCAUGUUGAUUUCUAAUUCAUUCAGGAGCAAUCAACACAUUUCUUCUUGGGAAUCAUGCUCAUUCUUGUUGUAAGCAGCUGUUGUAAUUAUUCAAAUGUAGGCAGCAUUUUUGGUAAUUAUAAUCAAUCUGGUUUUGCCAUGUUUGCCCUAUGUAAAAGACGUUUGGGAAAUAUUAGUAAGGCCUUGAAUACCUUUCAAUUGGCUUGAAAUAUCCAGCUAGCUAAAUUUUAUGAGAAUUCAUUUGGCAACUGCAGUAUAAACAUUCUUUAGCAGGUUCCUUGUGUAAGAAAAUAGGUAUAAUCAAGCUUCAUUUUAAACCACC